UGCACCUAAUUUACAAAAGUGUGUAUAUCAGUUCGUUUUUUUGCAUGAGAACAUGCGUCACUAGUGAAGUAAAGCUGUUUAAACAAGUUAAAAAUUUUAGGAUAAAAAGCAGAUUUGUUUUCGGUUGCAUUGCGGUGCAUUUUGGUGCUUGUGUGAGUUAUCUAUUAAUCCAUAAAAGGAAAUUUUGGCAUCGUUUCUGUGUAUGUGUUGGUGAAAAAUAUUUUGCUAAUUCGAGAAUUCGAAAACAUCUGAUGCUUUUAAACUAUAAGUGUAAAGAACGAUGCUAAUUGAACGGGUCCACAAUUCUAGACACUCAGUGCAUUAGCUUGCAUAUCGGAUCAAAUCGGUAGCAACAGUAUACGGACCUAUUCGAAAAAGUAACGUUCUGUGUUAUUGGUUUUAUCAGUGUAUACUUGAAUUGGAGUACAGUAUACUGAUAAAAACACCUUAGCGGAUUAACUCAAGAAGAAAACAAAAACAAAUUUCAACAUCCGCGGAACGUACUCCAAGUGGCAGUGACAUGAAGUCCAUUGGAACUGCUCAUCCAUCGAUUACAUCCACGGCUGUUGUUUCCGAGUGGGAGGAUAAUGUUGCAUUCGAUUCGGAUGAUCCAGACUUCUCGGGGGAGCCUGGCGUCAUGAAAAACGAGUCGGCAACCCACCAGCUUCCGGUAGUAAGACUGAACCGUUCGACCACAUGUUUCAACAUCGGCGUAACACACGUGCCUGCAAAUAUUACACACUUUUUGAAAGUGCCAUCCACAAUGUCGGUUGCCAGCGUACAAGCCCCUCAUAUGACCGAGCUGUGCAGUUCCCUGAGCCGCAACAGUCUUAGUUUAUCGUCUUCCCUGUCCGACCUGGUUGGCAGCCCUUCGCUUGCGAUGGCCAGUUCUGCGGCCAUGGCCGCCGCUGCCUUGGAGGUCAGCUCAGAGGCCGUGCUCACCAUCGAAGAGCUGCGCGCUCAUCUGGGUUCUUGCUUCACCUGUGGCGUUUCCUGGACCGAAGAUCAGGUUUCGCUAGACUGCGCCGAGUGUGGCGGAUACAGUAUGGAGCGGCCGUGCAUGCUCUGCGACGGCAUCUGCGGACAAGCGUGGAAGCGGGAUUUCACCAUGAGUCGUGCUUGCAGCAAAGCUCGUUGGCAAGGAGUUUGCACCAAGUACAGUAAUCCGAUGCUCCAACUGCAAUCCGCGCCGCUCAGCAGCUGUACAAGUUUCAGCAGUCACCACCAGUUGAUGCAAACGGUGCAACCGGUGUCCACCUGUCACGGUAACGCGGUCAGCCAACAGUUCCUUCAGCAGGAGUUGUGUGCACGCCUGGAAAAACUUUCUGCCAAAGCUCACAACUGAAAAUCGGUCCUCUUCCAGCUAUACACCGGAAACAAUCGUGUCCGCGUUCGCUUUUAGGCUAGGGUCCUAGCAGUUAUUUGCGUAACGAUAUCAUUAGAUACCGAAAUAGUUACAGGAAACAGGGUCACGCUAAGAGCUUAACAAGCCCUGCUCAAAUUAUUGUGCUUAGUGUUAUGAAAUAUUCAUUUUAAGUUCCUAUUCGUUGAUAAACUGAUACAAACUGUUCAGGCCAAUCCUCAAACAAGACAGACAAGAAAAACAGAACCCGUUCUUAAACCAUUGCAUUUGGAGACUUUUGUGGAGCUGGAGGUACAACACCAACGGCUUCAAAAAGACAGGAUCAGCGUAGACUCAACAAUAUUUAGACGUAUGUAACCCGUGUCUAUAGAGGUAGAUCUGAAGAAAAUGAUAAGAUUUCUUAAAACGUGCGAAGAUUUAGCGCAUAUAUUUAUAUGGAACGUGUGAAAAUGUAACAAUAUUUAUAUUCUAUUCAGGAGGCACUAAUUACGAUGCGAUAUCUGGCGGAAAAUUUAAAAUUUAUGCAAAGUGACAUAAUGACAUUAAAGCCUAAAAUUAUAUGUGUAUGUUUUUCUGUGAAAAACAUUUACUUUAACUGUUAGCUUUUAGAUAUUAUUGCGCUGAAAAUUUUGAAAAGAAAAGAAAAAAUCGGCAGUAGCGUGUAAGUUUUUCUUUUUUUCUAGUACAUUAAUUCUUCGUGGUAUGUAGUAUUCCUUUUCUUAUCACAUGCUUAUGUGUAAAUUUUGUUUAUUUAAUAAAAACUUUGAGAAUCUUAACAA